AAACCUGCUGCGAUUCCAUCAGCCAUCGUCGUCGUUGUCGAAUUUGUCAAAUUGCAGGACAAAUUUCGUCUUGAUGUGGACUUAUUCUGGUAUUUUGCAAUUGUCGCGACGUUGAAGUGAGUGAAAUUGGAAAUGUUUAGUGAUUGAAGAAGUGCGUGGUUCUAGGGGAAUAUGAAAUUGGCUGUUUUGAUUGGAAUAUGAUUGGGGAAUUGUGCUGAUAAGAGAUUUGAAAAAAGACAUCUCACGAAGAAAAAAAAUAGAGCUGCCAUUGAUUGGAAUUGGGCUGUGCUGUGAGCAGAAAUUGGUGCAAUUUACAACUGGCUUAGGUCAGGUAGCAUUCUUCAUUAAAAGAUUAUGGAGUGGCACUUGGAAGGGGAGAAAAAUUUGCAAGCUUCCAAAGUAAACAAGGCUGCUGAAAAUUAAAAUUGGAAAGUCGAGACUGUUUCACAGUGAAUGAAUAGUGCAAUCAAUAUCCUGCUGCGAAUGUUCGUGCCAGAUCAGAUGACAACAAUCGACUCAAAUCACGGAAAUGGAUGGCGUUUUUCGCUGAUUGAAUGAUCCAAAAUCUUUGUACUUGAGAUUACCCUAAAUUGGAGACCUUUUUAAGCAUUUUUCUCGAUAAGAUUUGACCCCCGAAAAAAAACAGUCAAUAUGGGACUGUUAUUUGCAAAAAUCUGGAGCCUUUUUGGCAAUGAAGAACAUAAACUCGUAAUGGUCGGUCUGGAUAAUGCCGGCAAAACCACCAUCCUGUACCAGUUUCUGAUGAAUGAAGUCGUACAUACCAGCCCAACGAUCGGAUCCAACGUAGAAGAGAUUGUGUGGAAAAACAUUCACUUCCUGGUUUGGGAUUUGGGCGGACAGCAGAGUUUACGGGCAGCUUGGAGUACGUACUACACAAACACUGAGUUUGUCAUAAUGGUGAUCGAUUCGACGGAUCGGGAACGGUUAGCGGUGACCCGGGAAGAAUUGUACAAAAUGUUACAGCACGAAGACUUAACCAAGGCCAGUUUGCUAGUGUAUGCCAAUAAACAGGAUUUAAAAGAAUCAAUGAGUGCAGCUGAAAUAUCGAAACAAUUAGACCUGACGUCAAUUAAGAAACACCAAUGGCACAUACAGUCUUGCUGUGCGCUCACCGGAGAAGGACUUUACCAGGGCUUAGAAUGGAUAGCCCAGCGGAUCAAAAAGAAAUGACACCCACCGGAGUAAAAAAACUCAACUCACCUAGAUCCUGUUUCCAGUUUAAUUGGCACCUGCGAAGGAUUGUCCGAAUCAUUCGAGAUCCUCUGAAAGUGGAGAUCUCUGGAAAAAGACAGCUCCAGAAAAAAAAUACAAAUAAAUCAAGUUGGACGUCACACAUUUUGAGCUAAUCGUUAAUAUUUCUUAACCUGUGUAUACAUAUUAUAUUAAAAAUUGAGAUGAAAUAGUGUAUAACUGAAAACAAAAGUAACGAAAUGAGCCAACUUUUGUCUUUUGUGGAAAACCCACAAGCACACAAAAGAAAAACUACUCAAAAUGUCGUCCUCCUGCUGUUGAGGACACAGUUCGAAGAUGUAGCCAGAUGUAAUUUUAUCUAUCAAGAAUAAACUCACACGUUGUCGACGAUCGUUUAGUACGGAGAAAUCCCAAACGCUUCCUGCUGUGGUCGAUUUGUAAAAUAAUUAAGCAAAAAGACGUAGACAUUCACGAGAAGGUUCGAUUUAACAAACAAAUAACACUAACUCAAUACUUCAGACACUUACCUAGAACAAAUGCGUAGACACGUACAAGUAAAUACACUUUACCGGAACUGAAGGGCCGAUGAGCAGGAAGAAAAACUUGGGAGGAAACAAAUCAACGCAAGCUUUACCCUCGGGGAUGAUAUACGUGUAGUGUAGUGGCAGCGAAACGGGGACAGCUCCGGUGAUCGUUUUGCCCGUUAGAAAAAGGUUAAACUACAAAAUAAAACAUUUAGUUAAAUCGUAAAGAAAGCCGAACACCGAACAACAACAACUACAGACACCCCCUCUAGUUAAGCGUUUUAUUUUCAUAAAUUAAAGAGAGAAAAAUAAAUCUUUGAGAGUAUGUGAAGAAGCUGACCGAUUUGGAGCGUGAUUUUAUGACUGCGAGAUGAAGAAAUCAAAUGAAAAGAAUAUACUUACAUGAAUAGUUAAUAAAAAUCCGUAAACAAAA